AUGGAGGAUUGGAGCAACAACGCAUGGCUGCUGGAAGCCGACAACGGCGGAUUCCACGUCGACGAUUGCGUUUACGAAGAGGACGAAAUCGGUUACGUCGUCGACGACGACGAGUCGCUUCCCUGGGAGCAGCAUGUGCGUAGUAAGAGGCUUACGAGAGUGGUCAACGGAUCCGACACCAUCAUGCUUCUGAUUAGACCGCGCUCUUAUGUCGCUCGCAUUCUUCUGCUCUCCUCUCCUUCCCGAGGGAACGUCGACAUCGAGCGAGUUCAGACGGCAACGGGCGUGGUGCAGGUGACGGUGUGCGGCGAUCGCGGCAACCCGCCUCUCAUCACCUAUCACGACGUCGGGCUCAAUCACUCCACGUGCUUCCAAAACCUCAUGCUCUGCGCGGACACCUCCGCGCUGCUUUUACGAAACUUCUGCGUAUUCCACGUCGACGCGCCGGGCCACGAGGAGGACGCGGAGGAGAUCUCCUCGUCGCUCCCGCUGCUCUCCGCGGACGAUCUGGCGGAGCAGGUGGCGGAGGUGGCGCGGCACUUCGCGCUCGCUGACGUCACGCUGAUGGGCGUCACCGCGGGCGCAUACGUCCUCACGCUCUUCGCUCUAUCCCACCGCCAUCUGGUGCGAGGGCUCAUUCUCGUGUCCCCGCUGCUCUCGCCGCCCUCCUGGGCCGAGUGGGCGCACAACAAGGUGAGCCGUGAAGCAUGCAGCAUGCAGUGCGCCGUACAAGAAGCUGCACAGUGCGGCGCACACUAUGGCGUACAAUGA